AUGCCAAAUGAUACAACAAAUUCGUUGAACAAUACCAUUGGAAAUGAACAACAACAGAAGAAGAAACGACAUCAUAAAAAACGACGUCAUCGUAGUCGAAAAUCAAGAGUAAAACUUGCAAAUUCAUCACUGAAUAGUGAUGGAGUGCAGAUAACUGACGGAAAAAGCGGAGGUAUGGUAUAAUGCAUUAUUUAUAAAAAUAACGAACUAUUGAAGAAUAUUGUGCUCUUGAACAAUUUGUUUUUAAGAUGAAUAAUAAGAUUAAUUCCACCUUUUUAUCUUUUUUUUCAAGUAGACAACUUUAUUGAGACGUUUCGUUUUUCACUCAGAACAUCGUCAGUCAAAAUGAUACAUGUGUAACAGUAGAAGAGUAUAUAUAUCCUCGUGGAAAAAAAUAGUUGCACACAAUAUUUUUAAGAUAUUUUCCUUACGAAGACACACUUUUACAAAAGUGACCCUAUAUUCUGAUAGCGCUUGAAAUUCUCUACAAUUCUGUAUAUUUAUAUCUUAUCUUGUAUUUAUUUGCUGAAAAACAAAUUGCGUGCAAUGAUGGCUCCCACAUUGUCAGAUUCCCACGGACUGCAUUUUGUUACUAUUUCUUCAACUUGCUUUUUAAAUUUAUCAUCACUAUAGAAAUUGCUUUUUAUAAAAGUAAUUAUAUAUUCGGAUAGCGC